AUGAUUAAUUCAUUGUUACAAGUUUUUAAUAAUACAUCAUCAAAUUUUACAUGUUUAGAUGCAAACAAAGAAAGUAUAUUUGAUUUGAAUACUACUUUAUCAACUAUAAUUAAAUCAGGUUUUAUUGAAAAAUGGAUUGAAAAUAUAAAUUAUUCAUUAUAUUUUAAUCGUUGUGCACCAAAAUUGUGUUUCUACACAAUCAACAAACGUUUCAACAUUUAUUAUAUUAUAACUGCAAUUAUUAGUGUAUACGGUGGUCUUUCUACUGUUCUAAGUCUUAUAAUUCCAGCUAUUGUAAAAUCAAUAACUCAACAUAAUGCAGAAACAUCUCGCACAGAUUAUUCUUUUAGACGAUUGAAACAACUAAUUAUUACUUGGCUUCGACAACUUAUUGCUGCUCUUAUUGAAAUGAAUCUUUUUCGUUCAUCGACACGUCUUGAACCUUCAGAUAUUUAUCAACAACGAUGGUCAACUCGAUUGUACGUUAUUUUUUUGUCAAUUUUUUUCAUCAUUAUAACAAUAUACACAGCAGCAACAAAAGAAACAGUUCGUACAGAGUUAAUUGAACCUUCGUUCGAUGAAGUCUUAAAUGUUCAGCAACAAACUAAUUUAUCAUCACUUCAAUGUCCAUGUUCUCAACUUUCUUCACCGUUUAAAUAUUCAACUGAAUUGAUUCCUACCUAUCACGAAAUAUGUGACAGCGACUUCGUAUCGGACAAAUGGAUUCGUCUAAUGCCACCUUCACUUAUUUAUGCUCCCUCCUAUUUUGAACAAAGUGGACCUAUUUUUAAACUCCUUCAAUCAUUUUGUAAAUUAGCCAAGAUAACAAUAAAUAAUGCUCUUAAUAUAUUUUAUGCAAGACAAUUAGUUACUCCAAAUCUAAUCACCGAAGAUCUCUUCAAAUCUCUAAUGAUUUCUGAAGGCGAAUAUUUCAAACAUGUUACACCUAAUCGUUUUUCUUAUCUCUUGGAAUUCAUACGUCAAACAAUCAAAGUUAAUCAAUUUAUCUAUGCUAUAUACACAAAUUAUUUUAUAUUGAUGGAAAAUGGCACAGGGCAUGUGUUAGUUUACAUUCAUCCUUCUAAAGACUGGUAUGAUUUUAAUAACCAUAUUGAAUGUUCCCUUAUCUUUGACCCAGUUUGUAUAUUGCAAACAACUUUAAAUAACAUGGGUAUACACGGAUAUAUCAUGGGUGCACCUUUAUCUGGCUUCUACACAUCCGUAUUCUAUGUUAAUUCAUUACUAUUAACACAACUCCAAUGUUUAUAUAAUCAAUCAUGUGUUAACAUUAUUCGUAAUGUAAUUAAUGAAUCUUAUCCACAUACUUUCACAGCAUUAUCUCAAACAAGUCGCUUUCCAAAGAACGUCACCAUCGAUUUUCUUUCAAAGCAUUUAUUUACUGAGUCUUGGUCGCAAAACCCAAAUUAUAAGGGCUAUUUUGAACAAUGUCAACCUCAUUCAUGUUCGUACACAACCAAUCAACGACGUACUUUCGUUUUACUCAUGAUGACUGUCAUUGGUCUGUCUUCUACUGUAUCUAUUAUUCUUCGAUUUAUAUCACCAUUUAUUAUAUCUUUUAUUCUUAAACGUUGUCAACAAACUCAACAAACAAGCUCUUCUGACGAUAUUCAACGAGAUGGUAAAUAUUUUUUUGAAAAAAAUCUCUUGAAAAAAAUCUUUUGA